AUGGCGGAACUUAAUUCUGAAGAUAAGGAAGAUUUGAGGGUAAGUAAAAAAAGUGAAUUUCGCAAAAUAGCUACUAUUUUUCAAAGGUUCAAGCCAGCAUAUGGUUUAGGAUUACUUAGGAUCGCCAGAGUGAUCCCUUUAGGGUCUCCUCCGGGUCCUUGAAAGACCACUCUAGGGACUACUUGACCCACCACAUAGGGGGCACUAGAACUUGCAAAGUGGCCCCUUUAGGGGGAGGUGAAGUAUCUAGAAUUUCAUUCUGGGAAUAUCUUCAGUGACCACUAUAGAGGCUCGCCAAGGACUACUUGGAGAGGACACUAAAGUGGCCACUAAACCCACCUCUAUAGUGGCCACUAUUUUCCGAUCUAGUGGCCACUAUAGAGGUUCUCUAUUUAGUGGCCACUUCACUAGUUUUUCAUCCAGUAUUCCUUCCAGUAACUCUGAUAAUUUUAAAACAAACAGAUUGGACCAGUUAUGUUGAUCCAUUGACCCCUCAAGUGGCCACUAAGUGGUCUAUUAGUAACUUAGAACCUAUAGAGACCACUGAUUUUAAACCCCUUAAGUGGCCACUAAUUUGACUACUAUAGUGGCCACUAAAACGCUAAAACCCUAUAGUGGCCACUAAAAAGUUUCCCAGUUAUAGGUCUUUUUAGUUUUCAACACAUAAAACAAAGUUUACAAACCCCUGUAGGGACCACUUGAACUUCAGGGACUUCGGAGUCAGAUGCGAAUUCCCUAUAGGGACCACCUAGCUUUCACCCCUUUAGGGAUCACUUUUUUGCCCCUGUAUGAGCUGUUUUUUUUCUAAACUCUAUAGGGACCACUCCGGCGUUCUUAUACUUCAUUUUGCUUCAAUUUUAAUGUUUUGGUCGCGCUUGGAAUGGUUGUACAGUACCCCGGAAAUAGUCAAUUUUAGUUUAAUUGGCUACCCAAAGUUAAAGAUUUUCUAAUGAUUUUAAGAGUGAAUUUUGAGAUCCUCUUCAAAUUUAAUAUUUAACCUUUUGAGCCAUUCCAUCUUACUGUAGCCCGGUUACGGUAGGCCUGCGUAUCUAGGACGAGUUUUUUCUACACGAGUUGUAUAUCAAACGAUAGCAAAUCCAAUUUUAGGAACUUUUUCAGUAGAUACCAUCAUGGGUUACUGUAGAAUUUUUUCGAGAUACGGUACUUUUCAAGCAAACCCACAGCCUCCUGCGGCCUUUCCCCGUCAAUUUCGACUACCAUAACCUGGACGCCGACAAAUUAUUGUCGGCCUUUGGGAAAUAUGGUCGUUAUCAGGUGGAGAAUCGAUUUUUUCUUGAUUUAUUGAUUGAUUCAGAUGCUCACCCACGUGGUCACCAAUAGCGUACAAAUGCUUUUCGCCAUAAAUAUGAUGGUUAUGCCAUUUUUGACCGAAGCGCCCGAAUUCAAUUGUGUCAUCACUACUCCGGAAAACACAACCUGGGUAGGGAAAUUGAAAAAAAUUGAGAAUUUCGAGUAAUUUUUGGUGAAAAAUGACGAUUUUCUUCAGGAAUUUGGAUGAAAAAAAGUUUCUGAGCGAUUUUUUCAAAGUCUGAAUCGAAUUUCGAGCCCUCUUUUCUAAAAAUCGCACUUUAAGCUAGAAAAAUAAUUUUUUUAGAAGUAUAGAAACUUUCCUGAAGCUCUUAAAAAUCAAAAAUUAUUACCAAAAACGUUUUCAGGUGGUUUUUAUAACAUAAAAAGGCUUGAAAAUGCGAAAAAUGAACAAAAUCUAAAGUUUUAGGCCAGGAACAGUUUGCAAAAGGGAUUUUUUGGCUUUUAAAGCCCGCGAAAACUUUAAGUGGUCACUUUAGGGUUUUGAUAUUCAAUUAACCACUCUAGUGGUCGAAUUAGUGACCACUUAAGUGGCUAAAAUUUAGUGGUCACUUUAAAAGUCUAAGUGGCACUCCUAGACCACUAAAAACUACUAAAGUGGCCACUAAGACGCAAUAGUGGCUACUGGGAAGGUAGUUUUAGUGACCACUUUAGUAUUUUCUCCAAGUAGCCUUUGAGGAACCUCUUAAGUGGCCACUAGAGCCUUCCCAGUUGAUCAGUCUUUUGAAGUGGCCACUUCAGUGUGUUUUUACGUUUUAUUGGCUACUAUAGUGGUCGAAUUAGUGACCACUUGAGUGGCUAAAAUUUAGUGGCCUCUUAAGAAGCCUAAGCGGUACUCCGAGAUCACUAAAAACUACUAUAGUGACCCCUAAGACGCAAAAAGGGGCUAGAGGUAUUUUCAGUGGCCACUUUAGUGUCCCCUCUAGGUAGUCCUUGAAAACCUCUUAAUUGGCCACUAGCCCAGCCCCUCAAAUCAACAAGAAAAGCUUUUUCGCAUCGAGACCUUUUCAAAACUAGGCUAUGCGCCUUUAAAAUAAACAGAAAAUUUUCAGGUAUAUACAAAAAAUGACGAAUGCCACAUUAGGGACGGAAAUAAUUGGACACUUUCCUGUCCAAUGAUCCCAAAUGCAUAGUUAGUUCAUUUUAAGUUUAAUUAAAUAAAAAAAAAUUAUUUUUAGUUACAACUACACGGACAAAGAAGCGACUUUGACCGCCGAUUUUGAUUUAGUCUGCGAAAAUAGCGAAGCCGCGGAACAUGGAGCUUCUAUUUUUCUUCUUGGUUUGUCGAAAAUAGAUUUUUCUGAAGUUCAAGACGAUUUUUCGGGUUUGGACUCAUAGACGUAUUAAAUCUGCCAGCUUGGCGCAGAGGUAAAAGCCCUAGAAAUAAUGAAACGUAUCGAGAGUUCGGAUCCUCCCGACGAACUUUCUUUUUGCUUUUUUCCUAAUUUUGUCUUUUCUGCUAUUUCUAUACGUUCACGGCUUCAUCCUGCGGAUCAAACUAACUAGAACUCUAUAGGGGUCACUUCGCAAAUUUAAAAGCCCCCCUUAAGAGGAGGUGAAGUGGUCUCUAGAGGGACACUUUCAAAGGUCACUAAGUUUGUCACUGUAGGGAUCACUUUGGCGUUCCUAAACAGUGUGACUUUUGAGCUAACGUAGGAAAACCCCUAUAAGGGUCGAAAAAGUGGUCCCUGUAGGGGUUAAGGGUCUGACCCCAUAGUUCCUAAAGCUCAAGCCUAUAGGGGCGUCUCAAUUGCAUCCAAAAAUGCUUAUUUAUUCGACUAGCAUGUCCCCUAUAGGGGCCAUUUUCGCAAGCCCCCUAUGUGAGGGGGUAAAGUAGUCCCUAGAGGGGACCCUCAAAAGCCUUUCAAGGUUGCCCCUAGAGGGAUCACUCUGGAGUUCCUAAGAAGUUUUAGAAAUUUCCAGAAAAUCGAAAUCUUUGAAAAUAGCCUUUUUUAAUUUUGUAUUUUGAAAGUUUCCUCAUUCUCCACGAAUUCCCCCUUCAGGCGGUCUUCUGAUGGAACCGAUCAUUACCCAACUUUCGGACCUUUUCGGCCGUCGGAUGACAUUUUUGAUCCCCCUCUACAUCGCCGUCGUCAGCAACAUCAUCUGUGCGAUCUCCCCGACCUAUACCGUAUUUUUGGCCUUCCGCUUCAUUUCCGGAGCCGCCAGCAUGGUUCGGAACAUCAUUUCGAGGAGAAAAAGUGACUUUGAAAAUGCAGAGUUUCAACGCGAUCAGCAGCGUUCUGUGCAUGGAGACGGUGGCGCUGGAAUUUCGGUCCUUGACCCCGCUUGUCGGGAACUUUUUCUGGGUCGCUGGGUUGGUUCUGGAACAUUUUGAACCUCUAAAAGUACCAAAUUCUACAGUAAACCUCAAAAAAAUCUAUAUAAUUUUAAUCUUUCCGUGUCGUCAGAGAAGGAGAAAGAUAACUGAAUUCUGGAGGGUCAGAGAUAAUUUUGAAUUUCUUUGAGCACGGCAUAGAUAUUUUAACAAGUUAGCGGUCUUCUAAGGGGCCCCUAAAGUGCCUUCUUACCUUUCAAGUGACCCCUAUAGUGUUUUUUUUAGAAAAAAAAAUAUUUUUGAAGAUUUUUUGGUUCAGAUACAUGCUGGCCGGAGUUUUCCGAAUUUUCAUCAGUCGCUGGAGAGUUCUCUACUUUGCAAUCUCCAUCUUAGGAGCUCUUACUGUCCCACUUUUCUGGUGAGUUCGAAGAAAAAGAGCAACGAUGGGCUUGGGCAAGGUUGCUCCAUGGCUAAAUUCAGAAAAAAGCUUUUUUUUCAUUCAAAAAGCGCCCCAUGGCUAAUUUGAAGCAGAAAAAGAGCUCAAAAUCAAAAGUGAAAAAAUAGCCGCGAAAAUUUUUGGGUUGAGAAAGUUCGCCCCAAUGCUAAAGUGAGGUGAGAGAGUACAGAAAAUGAAAAGAAAAGCCGUAGAAAAAAUUUUCGGACUUGAGAAAAAAUAGCCGCAAAAAAAAAGUGAAAUUGCGCUCCGUGGCUAAUUUAAUGCAGAAAAAGAGCUCGAAAUCGAAAGUGAAAAAAUAGCCGCGAAAAGAUUUGUGUUGAGACAAAUUUGCUCCAAUGCUAAAAAGAGGUAAGAGAGAACAGAAAAUGAGAAGAAAAGUCGUAGGAAAAAAAUUUUUGGGCUUGUGAAAAAAUAGCCGCGAACAUAAGUGAAAGUGCGCUCCAUGGCUAACUUGCAAGCUCUGGCCCCAAAAAAGCUAGAAAUCUACUUUUUGCGUCUCUAAAUUAGCCAUGGGGCGCACUUAAGAUGUUCGACAGAAGAUCUUGUCAAAAUCCAGAAAUUCCAGGCUGGUCCCAGAAUCGCCUCAUUGGCUCAUCACUCAAAAGAGAAACAAGCAAAUUCGAAGGUUUCCAGAACUUUUUUCAGAGGAUUUUAUUAAAGUUCAGGUAUAUUCUGAAGUCCUCGAAGUUCAAUCGGACCGACGUCUCCUUGGAUAUGUGCAAAACGGAUGACGUCAGCGUCGAGGAGUCGCUUCUCGAUGAACCGACUAGAAAAAGGAAACGUAGGACCGCCCUGGAUAUCUUCACCAAUGGCGUGCUUCUCGUUCAUCUCCUCGUCAAUUCCUACAUUUUGUGAGUUUUGGAAUGGAUCCGCAUGCGGCGCCGCUGCGUAGCGGUUUGGAAGGAAUCUAGUUUCUCUGCGCUCUCUCGUUUUUGCGCGCUUUUUCGGGCAUGUUCUAAAACACGAGCGGUUGUGGGGCACGAGCGGCACGACCGUUACUAAAUCACGAGCGGUUUCAUCUUCGCUCCUUCGCGAACGCUUCUAAAUCACGAGCGUUUUUUUGGCUUAUCGUUCUGUUCGAGCGUUUCUAAACCGCGAGCGUUUCAUUUUAAUCAUUUUUCUUUAUUACCAUCCAAGUGUGUUUUUUUCAUAUUUCUACCUUCUUUUUUUCUCCUUGAAUAAAAAAAUUUUUGACGAUCUUAUAUGCACAUUUUUUUUCGCUCAAUUUGUUGAUUGAUUCACAUUUGAGGUUCAUAUAAUGGAUUUUUUUCUAAGUUUUUUUGCGGUCUCUAUAAUUUCAUAGAUUCUGCGUAUGGCAAAUUUUUUUCUAAUAAUUUCAUCUGAUUUUCAUAUUCAAUAUUUCACAGAUUUUGCGUAUGAUAAACUAAUAUUUCACAGACGUCUCGCAUGAAAGUCAAUAUUUCUCAAAUUUUGCGUAUAGCAAAUUUUUUUUUCUAAUACUUUCUCUCAAAAUUUUUCUGGUAAUAGAAUCUCAUAUUCGAAUUGAUGCCAUUCAUAUUUUAUUCUCCUCUUACCCGCUAGAAUAUUGACUUUCAUGCGAGACAUCUGUGAAAUAUUAGUUUAUCAUACGCAAAAUCUGUGAAAUAUUGAAUAUGAAAAUCAGAUGAAAUUAUUAGAAAAAAAAUUUGCCAUACGCAGAAUCUGUGAAAUUAUAGAGACCGCAAAAAAACUUAGAAAAAAUCCAUUAUAUGAACCUCAAAUGUGAAUCAAUCAACAAAUUGAGCGAAAAAAUGUGCAUAUAAGAUCGUCAAAAUUUUUAUUCAAGGAGAAAAAGAAGGUAGAAAUAUGAAAAAAACACACUUGGAUGGUAAUAAAGAAAAUGAUUAAAAUGAAACGCUCGCGGUUUAGAAACGCUCGUGAUUUAGAAGCGUUCGCGAAGGAGCGAAAAUGAAACCGCUCGUGAUUUAGUAACGGUCGUGCCGCUCGUGCCCCACAACCGCUCGUGUUUUAGAACAUGCCGCUUUUUCGUCACUUCGCUGAGAGAUAGGACACGCAGACAUUGAGAGCAUUAGAGGAGGUAGGCAGAGCUUGUUCAAAACUUCGCCCGACCAUCCGCGACUUGCGCUUUUCUCCAUAUUUCCGCAUUUUGAAGUUGUUCCUUUGAGACUACAAGGUUUCUCUAACUCCCUCCACAUUUCCUCUUGUCUCUCGCAUUUGAACAAUUCUCUAAUGCUCUCCAAACCUCCCAUUGUCUCUCGCAUUUGGAAAUUUCUCUAACCUUCUCCACACUUCCUGUUAUCUCUCGCAUUUGGAAAUUUCUCUAACUCUCUCCACACUUCCUGUUAUCUCUCGCAUUUGGAAAUUUCUCUAACUCUCUCCACACUUCCUGUUAUCUCUCGCAUUUGGUUAUUUCUCUAAUGCUCUCCAAACCUCCUAUAGUCUCUCGCAUUUGGAUAUUUCUCUAAUGCUCUCCAAACUUCCUGUUAUCUCUCGCAUUUGGAAAUUUCUCUAAUUGUCUCCACACUUCCUGUUGUCUCUCGCUUUUGACUUGGUACAAUCGGUCCAACGCAAAGUUUGAAAUCGCUUGACGGAUCUUCUCUGCGCCCUCCUCAUCUCUCGACGCCUCUCUCAUGUUUACGUGCUAUUUCCAUCGCCGGUGAGGAAACAGAGAGACGCAGACACGCGAGCGUACCCUCCUACUUUUGCAUGCUAUUAUUUUUCGAGCUCUCUAACGCUCUCUCUCUCUCUCUGCUUCCUGUUGUCUCUAGGCCUUGGCGAAGUCGGGAGGGUCGGGCACAAAGGUUAAAGUCGUGAAAAAUUCAGAAAAGUGAGCUUUUGGCUUGUGACAAAACACUGCACGUCUAAACCUCUCGUUUUCGAACGCUAUUUCCUUUAGAAAAGCUCUGCGCGUCUAAAAAUCUCGUUUUAGAACUCUAUUUUCUCGAGAAAAGCUCUGCGCGUCUAAACCUCUCGUUCUUAAACACUAUUUCCUCAAGAGAAGCUCUGCGCGUCUAAUCCUCUCGUUUUGGAAUACUCUUUUCUCAAGCAAAGCUCUGCGCGUCUAAAAAUCUCGUUUUAGAACUCUAUUUUCUCGAGAAAAGCUCUGCGCGUCUAAACCUCUCGUUCUUAAACACUAUUUCCUCAAGAGAAGCUCUGCGCGUCUAAUCCUCUCGUUUUGGAAUACUCUUUUCUCAAGCAAAGCUCUGCGCGUCUAAAAAUCUCGUUUUAGAACUCUAUUUUCUCGAGAAAAGCUCUGCGCGUCUAAACCUCUCGUUCUUAAACACUAUUUCCUCAAGAGAAGCUCUGCGCGUCUAAUCCUCUCGUUUUGGAAUACUCUUUUCUCAAGCAAAGCUCUGCGCGUCUAAACCUCUCGUUCUUAUACACUAUUUCCUCAAGAGAAGCUCUGCGCGUCUAAUCCUCUCGUUUUGGAAUACUCUUUUCUCAAGCAAAGCUCUGCGCGUCUAAACCUCUCCUUUUCAAACACUAUUUUCUCAAGAAAAGCUCUACGUGUCUAAACCUCUCGUUUUUGAACGCUAUUUUUUUAAGCGAACCAUGAAUGAACUAUGGACCUUUAAACGCUAAAAACCUCCUAUUUUGAGGAUUAUACUGAACGGAACUUACUGGGCUCUGUCACUCUUCUCAACCGAACUCAGCGAAGACAAAUGGACCGGAUUUUUCCUGUCCGGCCUUGUCGAAAUCCCGGCGGCUUUGCUUUCCGUUUAUCUUCUGGUUUGUUCAUUUUAUCGAUUUUCUCGAAAAAUAGGAUUUUUCAGGUGAAAUUGAACCGCCGGACAGUUUCCAUAGUCUCACUGGCCCUUCAGUCGGUUUGCAUGCUCAUGGCUCUGUAUGCGCCAGGUUUUCGACCGCAUUUGGAAUGGCUCAAGCGUCGCGGUCGCGUUGCGGUUCUAGAGUUUUCGCGUGUCUGCGUCUCUUUGUUCCCUCACAGGAGAGAAAAAUGAAAAUAGCAUGAGAGACGAGGAGGGCGCAGAGAAAAACAGCAGUCCCAAGUCGCCUAUAACACACGCGAAGUCGCUCAAGGUCGGGCGCAGUUUUAGAAAGAGUACUGAAUUCAAUCAUCAGGACGCAACGCGACCGCGUCGCGUCGAGCCAUUCCCAUAAGGACUAUUUUCAUUCAAUUUUUUCCAGUUCCCGAACACGUCAAAAUUGUAUUCCCGUUACUGGCUAAACUUUUCAAUGCGAUGGCUUGGAACUCUCAACAGUUGCUCUACAGCGAGGUAUAAAAAUCACUUUAGUGAACCCUUCAGAGGUGCCUUGAAGGCUUAGAAGUUUUGAUCAGGCUUGGAAAACUUAAGGGACUACUUGAGAGGUUCCUGAAGGUCUCUUUCGGAUCCUAAGGGCCGCUUAAGAGGUUUUAGCCAACCGAGAGGGCACUAAAGUGGCCACUUCAACUUUUCCUAGGACUUUUAACUGCAAAUGAGCGCUUAACGCGCAUCGAGUUCUGAAAAAGGUUGAAUUAUCUCAUUAGAUUCCUAGUGGCCACUUAAGAGGUUAUCGGGCGUGGCCUGUCUGCGUUCUCUAUCAACCAUACACUGUCUCUACUUCGAGGGGACACUAAAGGGACCACUGAGGGGUCUUUAAGGCUGGGAAAACUCUAGGGGCUACUUAAGAGGUUUCGCAAGGUCUCAUUCGUAUCCUAGGGAUCCCUUAAAAGGUUUUAGCCAAUCUAGAAGUCACUAGAGGGACCACUAAAACUUCCUCCCAGGGUCUCUUACUAAAUUCACUCGUCACGGUAGAACUGUGAGUUAUGAAGAAGGUUAAAUGAUCUUGUGAGUUUCCUAGUGGCCACUUAAGAGAUUAUCGGACGAAAAGGGGCGUGGCCUCUCUGCGCUCUCCACAAACCAGUCACUAUCUCAUUUUCAUUCGUGUCAAGACCCAUUUUUGAUGCUUGAGCUAGCCUUGAAUCAGUUAUGUGAAAAAAUGGAAAAAUUGAAGUUUUUUAUCAAAAAGUGAAGGCUCUUGAAGAGGAUUUUUUGCAGUUUUUUCGAAUUUUUAAAAUUUUCAAGUCACAAAGUUUCAAGCUUUUCACAUUUUUCGACUUUUUAGAGCACCCCGACCUCGAUUCGGAACGUUUUCUGCGGAAUUCUGGAAUUUGUUGGAGAUAUUGGUGGCGUCCUUGCUCCAUAUGUUAAGCGUUUGGUAUGAAAAAAAUCGUAAAAGUUCAGUUAUCGAUUUUUUUUUCAGGAAUCCGUGAAUCCUAAUGCUCCGACAUUGAUGAUCGCGAUCAUGUCGAUGAUCGGCGCCUCAGUUGUAUUCGUCCUCCCGGAAACCAAGAACAAGGUAAAAUAAUGACCUUUGGUCGCAUUUGGAAUGGCUUAUUUGGAAAAAGCGAGCUCAAAUUUGAAAGAAAAAGCUAUAAAACGGUUGCGAAAAAGCGACUUUUCGAUAAAAAUCCUUUCAAAAUAGCUUGAGCCAUUCCCCAUUACUGUAGCUGGGUUACGGUAGGCAGACCUGUGCAUCAAAGUAUUGUAGAGUUAUUUAGUUGAAAAAAACAGUGUUGAAAGCCGCAUUUUUGAAAUUCCAAUUUUCUUUCGAAAAAAAUCGAUUUAUUUAAUUUUCUAUAGUUUUUUUAGUGUUGCUAAUGGAUAGUUAAUAGUAUAAAAUGACCCGUUUUUUUGAAAAAUUUAACUUAAAUUUUCUUUUUUCACAGUCCGGUCAGAAAAAAAGUAGUUUAGUGAAGUUGAAUUUUGAAUUUUUUUUUCCCAAAUUUUUUUGAAAAAAAUUGAAACUUUUAGUUCAAUUUUUUUGAUGAAACUUGAGGAAAUGACACUGAGUUUCCUAAUUUCUUGACGAUAUUACUAUAUUUUAACUGUACAAAGGCUUUUUCAUCGUUUUGAAACUCUUAAUUCAUUCAUUUUUUAAGAAACUCCCCGACGACAUCGAUUCUCUCGACCCCGGACCGCUCCUCAAAGCAUUAGGCUGUACAAAUAAGACGGAAAAGAGUUCCGAUAGUGUAAGUUUCUUUUUUAGGCUUUAAAAUACAUCAAAGAGGUUUUUUUUCAGGUACUCACAGAGAAACCGGCUCCUUCAACUGAUUCUACGGGAACAACUGCUUAA